AUGCCCCCGUUCACCCCCCUGUGGUCCCUCGCCCGCAGCUACUCCAAUGGCCCGGCCAAGUCGCGCCUUGGUAAGACGCUGAGUCUGGACCAUGUACGUAAAUCAUCCAUAUCUUGCACUCAUAUAUACAGGUCCCGCGCUUUAUCCCUCUACCGCGAAAUCAUCCGCGGCACACGCCGCAUCGCGGACCCGAAUACCCGCGCCGAGUCGCAGCGGUAUGCCCGCGACGAAUUCGAGCGUCACCGGGACGUGACGGAUAUCGGCCACAUCCGCUACCUCAUUUCAACGGGAAAGACGGAGUGGCAGGGCAUGGAGCGGUACAUUGACGGAAUGUAG